AAGCCACCAAAUUCUACGGUCACCAAACUAUCUUCCGUAGAUUUUUUCUCACACUCUCCUUACAAAAUCUGUACGCAACAUAAAAUAUACGCAAGAGAAAAUCCAAAGAAAAGAAAAGAAAAGAAAAAACCAAGGAAGAAAAAAUUAGGCUUUUGAUUCGAUUUUGUUUGUUUGUUUUUUUUUUCUUACACCAUAAAGUAGCACCAUCCCCCCACAAAAAAGAAAAAAAAAAUACUGACCCCAUUUUUCCCAAAGGAAAUUCGAACAAGGUUUCUGCUGUUUCUCUCAUUCAUCUCUCAUUCAUUCUCUUUAAAUUUGUGUUUUCCUGAUAUUUUUUAUGUUUGUCGAGUUUGGGUUAUUUAUGUUCUUUGUUAACGUUGUUUAAAUUGUGUUUGAUUGGAUUUUAUCUAUAAAAAAAAGGAGAGGAUAAGAUGGCAUUUUAAAGGAUUUGAAAUUUUGGGUUUUUGUUUUUGUUUGAUUAGGGUUUUUAUAGGACUUUUUUUGGGUUUUUUUUAGGGUUUGGGAAACUAUGAGAACUUCAUGGGCGGAUUCUGUGUCAAAUUCUGCAGCUGAAAUUGCAAUUUCGGACAAAAAUUCAUUACCUCGUCCUACUCGUUCCACUUAUGUCCCUCCCCACCUUCGUAGCGGUUCAAUUUCCGACCUGUCAGGUCCGGUUAGCGGGACCAAUGGUGGGUCCCGUUGGACCGGCAGUGAUGGUGGAGGGACAAAGCCUGAACUCAGGCGUCAAGGACAGGCGAAUAGUUAUGCUACAGCCGGACGAGAUGCCGCUGCCGGUGGUGGUGGUGGUGGUCGGAAUAAUAGAAGUGGAGGUUGGGAUAGGAGAGAAAGGGAAGUAAACCCAUUUGGUAAUGAAGAUAAAAUUUAUGAUAUAAAACAAAAUUUUAGUGAACAAGAGAAUUCCGGUAUCAAUUUUGAUGCAUACGAAGAUAUUCCAGUGGAAGUUAGUGGUGAAAAUGUACCACCGCCUGUAAAUACUUUUGCCGAGAUAGAUUUAGGUGAAAUUUUGAAUCAAAACAUUAGGAGGUGCAAGUAUCUGAAACCUACUCCAGUACAACGUCACGCUAUCCCUAUAGCAUUAGCAGGUAAAGAUUUAAUGGCUUGUGCUCAAACUGGGUCAGGGAAGACGGCUGCAUUUUGUUUUCCUAUUAUUAGUGGGAUUAUGCGAGAGCCGUAUGCACAAAGAUCGCAUGUAGGACGAACUGUUUACCCUCUUGGUCUUAUUUUAUCUCCUACGAGGGAACUUUCUUGUCAGAUACAUGAUGAGGCCAAAAAAUUCUCGUAUCAAACUGGCGUCAAGGUGGUUGUUGCUUAUGGAGGAGCACCGAUUAACCAGCAGUUGCGGGAGCUAGAGAGAGGAGUUGAUAUACUCGUGGCAACGCCAGGACGAUUAGUUGAUUUGCUAGAGAGGGCCCGAGUGUCAUUGCAAGCGGUUAGGUACUUGGCCCUCGACGAGGCAGAUCGCAUGCUUGAUAUGGGUUUUGAGCCACAAAUUAGGAAGAUAGUGGAACAAAUGAAUAUGCCUAAUCGGGGUGUGAGACAGACAAUGUUGUUCAGUGCCACUUUUCCAAGAGAGAUACAGAGACUUGCUUCCGAUUUUCUUUCGAACCACAUAUUCUUGGCUGUUGGGAGGGUCGGCUCAAGUACCGAUUUGAUUGUUCAAAGGGUUGAAUUUGUUCUCGAGUCUGAUAAAAGAAGCCAUCUCAUGGAUCUUCUACAUGCACAGAGGGAAAAUGGAAAUCAUGGAAAGGUAUCUUUGACUUUGCAGCAAGCUUUGACAUUAGUUUUCGUGGAGACUAAAAAAGGAGCCGACUCAUUGGAACACUGGCUCUGCAUGAAUGGAUUCCCAUCAACGACCAUCCAUGGUGAUAGGACUCAACAGGAAAGGGAACUAGCAUUGAGAUCUUUCAAGAGUGGAAAGACCCCGAUUCUAGUAGCAACUGAUGUGGCUGCUCGUGGUCUUGAUAUACCCCAUGUAGCUCAUGUUGUCAACUUCGAUCUUCCCAAUGACAUCGACGAUUAUGUCCAUCGAAUUGGAAGGACCGGACGUGCUGGUAAAACUGGGUUAGCCACCGCUUUCUUUAACGAAAGUAAUUUAUCACUAGCAAGACCACUAGCCGAGCUAAUGCAAGAAGCAAGUCAAGAAGUACCUGCAUGGCUCACCCAUUAUGCAUCCCGAGCUCCUUAUGGUGGUAACAAGAACCGACGAUCCGGUGGGCGUUUUGGUGGGUCUGAUUUCAGGCGAGAGGAAUCAAUUGGUAAAAACCUAGAUUACUACAGCGGAGGAAAUAGUGGUAAUGCAUAUGGAGGUCUGGUUGAUAUCGCGGGAGGAUACGCACCAGGUGUGACUAGUGCAUGGGAUUAGCCCGCCCCCUUGCUUUGGAUCACUUUUUUCAUUUUUCUCGAGUAUGUAUAUAUGUGUAUAUAUAUUUUCCAUCAGUUUUCGAAGAUUAUUUUCUCUGUUUUCACUA